AUGCAUUUUAUUACUACAAUAUUUAUAUUGUUUUUGCUUUUAAAUAUUUCCCUUGCUGAGGAUUCUGAGUCUGUCGAUGUGAUCCGCUAUUUCAACGAUGUUCUGGACUUUUCGAGUCCAAAUUACCCAAAUUUUUACACAAACGAGGGAACCAGAUUAGUGUUGCAUUUGGAAAUGGAGAAGGAUUCUGAGAGGGCGUACGCGUUUCAAUUCGAGCGCUUCGCUUUGGCGCCAAAUGAUUGUCUUUAUUUUUGCGCUAUGAACGAUUCGUCUCUAUGCUUUGCAAAAAUGGAUUCAUUGAAUGCCACGUUGGUGAAGAAAUGUGGGAAUGAAAUGGAUCACAGAAGACCAUCACAUUACUACGAACUAUCAGACACUUUGUACGUUUUCUUUGUCUCGCAGAACACGAGCGUUCCAUACCCCGGAUAUAAUGGAAGGGUCUUUCCGAUAGAUAAGAAAGCCCAAAUUUACAACCAUUGCGAGAAAGUGAACAGUGUCGAUUUGGAUCAUCUCUCCGAAUGGUGGAGCCUCGCCUCGGAUCAUUUUUUCAUCAACACGCCAACGAUUAAUUAUGGAACGCUGAAUGUGAGCUGCCAAAUCAAAUUCACCACUGCCGACAGUACAAAUAUUCGAGUGGCAAUCUACGCUUUUUCUUCUUCACAACCAAUGUUUUUCACGGGCAUCAAGGCAAAUGAGACGGAUCAAACGACAUUUAACUUAACCGGUUCAAAAGAUCCACUCGCAUAUUACUUCAAAAAAGAUCUCACUUUAUCGUUCGAUUUCACCGCUGAUCAGCAGUAUUACUACUAUUUAAUCGUUGAACGAUAUAAUGAGACGUAUUCAUUUGACUCUUGCAACAAUGUGGGCAGCUUUGAUAUGAGUACACGAAGCUCCGUUAGUCUCUCUGCAUUAGAUGACUCAUAUGGAUAUAUGAACAAUUCAAAUUGUGCCUGGAACUUUUACAAUGCGCCAAAGAAUACACAAUUGAUGCUACAAGUGACAACGUAUACGGAAAGAUGUUGCGAUAUUCUGUGGGUGACCGGCACCGCGUUUGAUCCUCUAAAAUUUGAUGGCUACUAUCCAUGGUCUCUCGUCUAUGCAGCACAAAACGAACUCAAACUUUCCUUUUUAACUGACAGCAUUGAAUCGUAUACGCAAAUGAGUGGAUCAGUGACAGCUGUUGAUUGCUCCUGCUCAAACCCACAAAUCACUCUGAAACCGCCAGAGUCGAAGAAUGUCACUUAUGGCUUUAAUGGGACUUUUCCCUAUUGUAGUCCGGCACAAUGCAGUUGGACUGUACCCGAUGAUGUGAAUGCUGGGAUGUCACUUUUUCUUACUUCAAUUCAAUUGAGGAUAACAACUGUCCAGAGAGAUUUAUGCGUUGAUGAAUUCGUGGAUGUUCAUGGGGAUAUGUUGACACAAAAUUUUCAAGCGAUCGUCUAUGAAAUAAGCACGACGAGCUGCAAAAAAUCAAUCAUUGCAAACUUUUUCGACAAUCCACAUGGCUAUUCGGUGAACGUCUACGAUGGAGAGCUAAUCACGGGAACAACGUUGAAAUGGAACAAUUUUGCUGACACUAGUCCAAUGACGAUAUCUUCAAAUUUGAUCACAAUUCGAAUCGUUAGACUAGAUGGAGCAACGAGUUUUCAUGCACUUUUCACAACAAAUCCCGACAUCAUCAUCAAAUCAAACCCAAACACUUGCUUUGGAGCUACUGUCUCGAAUAAUAUCUCAAUUGUUUCCAAUCAAUCACAAACUAUUGUCAUUUAUCAAGCCUCUGGAGCUGUUGGUGGUUAUUUUGGAAUGACUUUUAAGCCGCACGGACAAUUGAAUUAUCAAAUGUUUUAUGGAGCAUCGACGAAAGAUGAGGAUAGGAUUUUUGGUAACGCCACUCAAUGCGACACUUCGGCUGCAAAUCCACCAGAUUUCCUCUUUGGUCAAUAUGUUACGCUGAAAUUUGAAGGCACUCAGAAUGGAAUGAUUGAACAUUAUUGCACUAAUCAAAGCAACUCAUUAUGGGCAACAGCUUUCACCAGUGAAAUCGGCUUGGUGAUGUCACCGAAAUACCUAACUUCAAACGAUCCAUCAGUGAAGAGUUAUGCUUUCAUCAUUCAAUAUUCGGGUACCAGCUCUAAAUCGAUUGCCCUCGAUUUUCUCAACAAAAUCCCGUUAAACGGAAAAUUGACUGUGAUUACGGACGUUGGAAAGAGCCAAAUGGGAACGACUUACACACCAAACAACGCGGUUUGCAAUGCCGAGUUCAGCUCGACGAGACUCUACCUAAGUUAUCAAUGGGCGUGUGACUCGAUUGAUGGAUGUGGACCCGGAUUGUUGAUACAG